AUGUACGCUUCGGGGCUCGUUGCUUUAAUCUCCAUCCGCCCCCGCUGGCCUAAGGCGCAGAUUCUCAAAAUGUUGGCUUCUAACUUUGGUCGCUUUGUCUUCAGUGCCAACAGGCGCUUUGGUAUUAAGCAGGCUGAUGGUACCUGGGAUCCGGCGUCAGAUGGGUCUCCGCACCGUUCCUCCUGGGGCACCAACCGGGAGAGGCGCGUAGCCUUUGGGAAACCCAAAGCGCGCGCGGCGGCGUUCAAUAAAUUAACCUUGAAGAUUCCUUGGAAAAACCUUUAUGGAGAAGCAGUUGUUGCAACCCUAGAGGGAUUAUACCUGCUUGUUGUCCCAGGAGCAAGUAUUAAAUAUGAUGCUGAAAAAGAAGAAAAAUCCUUGCAGGAUAUUAAACAGAGAGAGCUAUCCCGAAUUGAAGAAGCCCUUCAAAAAGCUGCAGAGAAAGAUAAGCCAAAAGAAGCCAAAAAGGAUACAUUUUUGGAAAAAUUGGCAACUCAAGUAAUAAAAAAUGUACAAGUAAAAAUCACAGACAUUCACAUUAAAUAUGAAGAUGAUGUCACUGAUCCAAGGCGGCCUCUUUCAUUUGGUGUCACACUGCGAGAACUUAGUCUAUUGACUGCAAAUGAACAUUGGACUCCAUGCAUAUUGAAUGAAGCAGAAAAAAUUAUAUACAAGCUUAUACGACUUGAUAGUCUUAGCGCCUACUGGAAUGUAAACUGCAGCUUGUCUUACCAGGGAUCAAGGGAACAGAUCUUGGAUCAGCUGACAAAUGAAAUUCAUACAAGUAGAAAUAUAUCCUCAAACCAUCAGUAUAUUUUCCAGCCAAUAUCAGCCUCUGCAAAACUCUACAUGAAUCCUUAUGCAGAAACAGAGCUCAAAACACCCAAACUGGAUUGGAAUAUAGAAGUACAAAAUAUUGCCAUUGAACUGACCAAGCCUCAGUACUUAAGUAUGAUUGAUCUUUUGGAGUCAGUGGAUUAUAUGGUUAGAAAUGCGCCUUACAGGAAAUAUAAGCCUUAUUUACCACUUCAUACCAACAGUCGACAAUGGUGGAAAUAUGCAAUUGAUUCUGUUCUUGAAGUUCAUAUAAGAAGGUAUACACAGAUGUGGUCAUGGAGUAACAUUAAAAAGCACAGGCAGUUAGUCAAGAAUUAUAAAAUGGCCUACAAAAACAAGCUAACCCAGACUAAAGUCUCAGAAGAAAUGCAGAAACAAAUUCAGUAUGAUGUAUUAGAAAAAGCAGAGGUACUGGAGUCAGAUGGAUUUGGGUUAAAGCAACAAGCACGAAUUGAGGUGAUACGGUCUGGACAAAAACUAAAGAAAAAGUGUGCUGACACAGGCGAGAAACGUGGAGGCUGGUUUAGUGGGUUUUGGGGUAAGAAGGAGUCUAAGAAAAAAGACGAAGAAUCAUUGAUUCCUGAAACUAUUGAUGACCUAAUGACUCCAGAGGAAAAAGAAAAGCUCUUCACUGCUAUUGGUUACAGUGAGAGCACCCACAACCUAACUUUACCAAAGCAGUAUGUUGCCCAUAUAAUGACUCUGAAGUUAGUAAGUACCUCUGUUACAAUCAGAGAAAAUAAAAAUAUUCCAGAAAUACUGAAAAUUCAGAUAAUUGGCCUGGGCACUCAAGUAUCUCAGCGACCAGGAGCACAAGCACUUAACUCUUCUUAUUUUCUUUUAGUGUGCCAAGAUAGUUUUUUUAUAUUUGCUUUUGUUUUGUUAUGGAUCUAUAUGAAAACCAUCAAUGCAGUGGUUGAAUUCUUUCAAUCAGAUAGGGGAUUGGAUCUUGAGCAAAUAACAUCAGCUACAUUGAUGAAGUUGGAAGAAAUUAAAGAGAGAACAGCUACAGGACUUACACAUAUUAUUGAGACUCGAAAUGUCCUUGAUUUAAGGAUAAAUCUGAAGCCUUCUUAUCUAAUAGUUCCACAGACAGGUUUCUACCACAAAAAGUCAGAUCUUCUCAUUUUAGAUUUUGGUACAUUUCAGCUCAACAGUAAAGAUCAUGGUUUACGGAAGACUACUAAUUCAUCUCUGGAAGAAAUAAUGGAUAAGGCAUAUGACAAGUUUGAUGUCGAAAUAAAGAGUGUGCAGCUACUCUUUGCAAGAGCAGAGGAAAACUGGGAAAAGUGUCGAUUUCAGCAUCCAUCAACUAUGCAUGUAUUGCAACCCAUGGAUAUUCACAUUGAGUUGGCCAAGGCAAUGGUCGAAAAAGACAUUAGAAUGGCCAGAUUUAAAGUAGCAGGAGGACUUCCUUUGAUGCAUGUGAGAAUUUCUGACCAGAAGAUGAAAGAUGUGCUAUGUUUGAUUAACAGUAUACCUUUGCCACAGAAAUCAUCUGUACAGUCUCCAGAGAGACAGGUGUCCUCAAUUCCAGUUAUUUCAGGUGGAACAAAAAGUCUGCUUAAUACUUCACUAUUGCUAGAUGGAGUGGAAUCAGAGUCUGAUGACGAGUAUUUUGAUGCUGAAGAGGGGGGUGCACAGACUGGUGAUAGUAUUCGAGGUUCAGAACUAAAAAAAGCUGCAGAGGUCCCAAAUGAGGAGCUCAUUAAUCUUUUACUCAAAUUUGAAAUGAAAGAGGUGAUUUUGGAAUUUACUAAACAACAGAAAGAAGAAGAUACAAUUCUAGUAUUUAAUAUUACUCAGUUAGGAACAGAGGCUACAGUGAGAACAUUUGACUUAACGGUGAUAUCUUAUUUAAAGAAAAUCAGCUUGGAUUACCAUGAAAUUCAAGGAUCCAAAAAGAAGCCUCUUCAUUUGAUUAGCUCUUCUGACAAACCUGGAUUAGAUCUUUUAAAAGUGGAAUAUAUUAAGGCUGAUAAGAAUGGACCUAGUUUUCAAACAACUUUUGAAAAAACUGAACAAACACUUAAGGUGGCCUUUUCAUCUUUAAAUUUGUUGCUACAAACACAAGCUCUUCUCUCUUCUAUUAAUUACCUGACAACCAUUAUUCCAUCAGAUGGUCAAAACAUGGGUAUUACGAAGGAGGUACCAAUUCCAAGUGAAAAACAGCAAAAAAAUUCAAGUCUGCAGAAAGUGAUUGUAUCUUCUAAAGAUAAUGACAUUAUUGGCUUCAGGCUGUUUGCCAAGUUAAACGCUUUCUGUGUCAUUGUUUGCGAUGAGAACAAUAAUAUCGCUGAAAUCAAGAUUCAAGGGCUUGAUUCCUCCCUUUCUCUUCAGUCAAGGAAACAGUCACUUUUUGCCAGACUGGAAAAUAUUAUUGUCACAGAUGUUGAUCCUAAGACCAUUCAUAAAAAAGCUGUGUCAAUAAUGGGAAAUGAAGUUUUUCGUUUUAACUUGGAUUUGUAUCCAGAUGCUACUGAGGGCGAGUCAUAUACUGACAUGUCGAAAGUGGAUGGUGUGCUAUCACUGAAUGUUGGCUGUAUUCAGAUUGUUUAUCUUCAUAAAUUUCUUAUGUCACUUCUGAACUUCCUGAACAAUUUCCAGACAGCCAAAGAGGCUGUGAGUGCUGCCACUGCCCAGGCUGCAGAAAAAGCUGCCACAAGUGUGAAGGAUCUUGCCCAGAGGAGUUUUCGUGUUUCCAUCAAUAUUGAUUUGAAAGCACCAGUUAUAGUCAUCCCACAAUCUUCUGUUUCCACCAAUGCAGUAGUGGUAGAUCUUGGAUUAAUCAGAGUUCAAAAUCGGUUCAGUCUGGUGUCUGGUGAAGACUACUUGAAUCCCCCAGUAAUUGACAGAAUGGAUGUACAGCUAACAAAGCUUAAGCUUUCUAGGACAGUGAUCCAGCCAGGCAUCUCCCAUCCUGAUAUUCAGCUGUUGCACCCAAUUAACUUGGAGUUGUUUGUAAAUCGGAACCUAGCUGCAUCUUGGUACCAUAAGAUGCCGAUUGUGGAAAUUAAAGGACAUCUUGAUUCAAUGAAUGUUAGUCUAAAUGAAGAAGAUCUUAACCUUUUAUUUAGAAUACUAGCAGAAAAUCUUGGUGAGGCUCCUGAAGACUUGGAUAAAGUGAAAUCAAAAAUUCAAGAGACAGGUGAAAUUAAAGAGACCCUUGAAAUUUCCAUAUCACAGCAAGACUCUAAAGGAGAACCUCUUCACAUUGUUAACUCUGCUAAUGUCACUGAUGAACCCCUUCUGAAAAUGUUAUUGACAAAGGCAGACAGCGAUGGACCAGAGUUUAAAACUAUUCAUGACAAUACCAAACAGAGACUGAAGGUUUCAUUUUCAUCCUUAGACUUAGUACUUCAUUUGGAAGCUUUACUUUCCUUCAUGGAUUUUUUAUCAUCUGCUGUUCCAUCCUCUGAACCUUCCUCUUCUGAGAAGGAAUCUGAGCUGAAACCAUUUGUGGGGGAAUCCAGAAAUAUUGCUAUCAAACCUGUGUCCAGCAGCAUUUCUCAAGAUGAUGUGUUUGAUUUAAAGGUCAUAGCUGAAUUAAAUGCAUUUAAUGUCUUUAUCUGUGAUCAGAAGUGUAACAUUGCAGAUAUUAAAAUACAUGGAAUGGAUGCCUCUAUUUCUGUGAAGCCAAAGGAGACUGAUGUGUUUGCCAGACUUAAGAAUAUCAUAGUUACAAAUGUUGAUUUGUUGUCUACUCACAAAAAGGCUGUCUCUAUUUUGGGAGAUGAAGUCUUUAGGUUCCAAAUGACUCUUUAUCCAGAUGCUACAGAAGGAGAGUCCUAUGCUGAUAUGUCUAAAGUAGACGGGAAACUUAGUCUCAAAGUGGGUUGUAUUCAGAUUGUUUAUGUUCAUAAAUUCUUCAUGUCUCUUUUGAACUUCCUCAACAAUUUCCAAACUGCCAAAGAAGCUUUGAGUGCAGCCACAGUCCAGGCUGCAGAAAGAGCUGCUUCCAGCAUGAAAGACUUGGCUCAAAAAAGUUUUCGCCUUUCGAUGGAUAUCAAUUUGAAAGCACCAGUUAUUAUUAUUCCUCAGUCUUCUGUAUCACCUAAUGCCAUUAUAGCAGAUUUGGGUUUAAUCAGAAUUGAAAACCAAUUUAGCUUGGUUCCUAUGAAGCAUAAUUAUUCUCUUCCCCCAGUCAUUGAUAAAAUGAACAUCCAACUCACCCAGUUGAAACUGUCCAGGACUAUUUUGCAGGAUGGCUUGCCACAGCAGGACAUUGAAAUUUUAGAACCAGUCAACAUGCUUUUGUCCAUACAGCGAAAUUUAUCGGUAACAUGGUAUGUGCAAAUUCCAGGGAUGGAGAUAAAAGGAAAACUAAAACCUAUGCAG